AUGCCAAAAGAGAAGAAUUACAACCCUGUGCAGGCUCAGCGCAAAGCUGACAAGGCGAAGGCUCUCAAGAAAGGCAAGCAUGAACGACAAGAACGCUUGAACGAGAAGCUAUCGCGAAAGAAUCCCGAGCGCAUUCAAAAACAGAUCGACGACCUCAAGAAAAUCACAUCAAGCGGCGGCAAGCUUACUCGUCACGAGGAACAAACAUUAGAAGGACUUGAAAAGGAAAUAAAAGCAGUGAAGAAGGCCAGAGAAGCACUUGGCGACAAAGCGCCAACAUUUAGUCGAGGAUGGAACAGAGAUCACGACUCAGGAUCUAGGGUAUUAGGGAAGAGGCGCAGAGGUUCAAAUGAUGCUACAACAAGCGACGAAGAAGUCCCCGACGACGUCAAGAGUAUUCCUAUGCCUCGAGAUACACCGCCACCGAUUCCUAAAGACGUCAUGGACAAAUGGUAUGCCGAACGACGAGCAAGGAGAGAGGCAGAGAACCCUAGGCCGGACGCCGAGGACAAACAAAAGAGGGAAGCGCCAGUCGUCGAAGCAAAAACAGUAUAUGAAGCCAAGCCUGUGGUGCGCGAUCUCAGAAAAGAGGCAGUUUCGGCAUUUGUGCCUACGGCAGUCAAGAUGAAGAUGAACAAGGGCCAGGGUCAAGGAGGGUUAAUAGAGCCGGAGGAAGCAGAUCGACUUGAACAAGAGGGCUAUCUCAAGACGGCGGGUCGCAGCUCGGAAGCACGACCCGAUCAAGGCCAAUCAUCACGGCAUGUGACCAUGGAGGAUGUGGAAGACGAGGAGGCUUGA